CCUGCCUCUCCCUGUGCCCACCUACCCCAUCAGGGACCAAACGUUAGAGAUUUUCUUGGAUGUACAGCUGAAAUCAGGUCAUCAUCUUAGUGAUCAACAACAUUAUUCUGCCCUCACCCAACCCCACUCCCACCCCCAUCAGCUGACUCAGCAGAGCCAGGCACCAGGAGAGGGCCGCUAACUCGGGGCAGCCAAAUGAGGAAAAUGCGUCUGCUUCUGGAUGGAACAUGCUGGAAGUUGGACAGGUUCACCCCUUAUUUACCACGCUUACAAAUCAGUUGGAGAAAUCCCAGAUUUGUGGCAAGACAGAGGGUUUGUAAACCAGGAAGAGAAGCGAGGGCUGCCAAGCACGGACCGGCUUCCAGGGGAUCAGCAGAGCUGCAGCUCCACGGACGAGAUGAGGUCAGUCGCUCCUUUCUCCAGGACACACCCAUUCACAAGCAGAAGCAGUGGUUUAAAGAGACUUUUGAUCACCUGUUUGCAAUUGCCAAUUCUGCAGAAGCUGAAGAUGCUGGUGUUCUCCUGGUGUCUGGUUGGCAGAUAUUUCGGAGCAUUCCUACUGAGGAAGUGCCAUUCUGGGCUGAUGUGGUGCUGGGAUUUCGAAAGAUGACUGAGAAUGAGCUGAAGAAAUUCCCCCAACAUGUGUUCGGUCAGGCUUUUACUACACUCAAAUGUGAAGGCCCUGUCUACCUCCCGUGGUUGGAGAAAAGGCUAAAAGGAAGUGGGGGUCUGAUACUCACCCGAAGAAUAGAAGACCUGUGGGAGCUUCACCCGUCCUUCGACAUUGUGGUCAACUGUUCAGGCCUUGGAAGCAGGCAGCUUGCAGGAGACCCAAAGAUUUUCCCAGUGAGGGGUCAAGUGCUCAAAGUGCAGGCUCCCUGGGUGAAGCAUUUUAUCCGAGAUGGGAGUGGGCUGACAUACAUUUACCCAGGUAUAUCCAAUGUAACCCUGGGUGGAACUAGGCAAAAAGGAGACUGGAAUCUGUCCCCAGAUGCAGAAAUUAGCAAAGGGAUUCUUUCCCGAUGCUGUGCCCUCGAGCCCUCUCUCCAUGGAGCCUGUGACAUAAGGGAGAAGGUGGGCUUGAGGCCCACCAGGCCAGGUGUGCGGCUGGAGAAAGAGCUCUUAGCCCAGGGCAGCCGGAGGCUGCCUGUCGUCCAUCACUACGGCCACGGUAGUGGGGGCAUAGCCAUGCACUGGGGCACUGCUCUGGAGGCCGCCAGGCUGGUGAGCGAGUGUGCCCAAGCCCUCAGGACCCCUGCUCCCAAAUCAAAGCUGUAGGCAUGAAGUGACAGCAAAUGGCCCCAGAAACUAUUAAUCAAAAUAUAAUUUAAGUACCAGAAGAGAUUCAAAUAACUUUUCCAUUGAAUGAAAGUUUAAUUGGACAUGGCUUUGCUUUCAAAAUUAGAAAUGAUGCAAUAUGUAUCAGUAGACUUAAGAUUAGUACUAAUCUAACUUAGUACUAGACUUAAGUCUAGUACUAAUGACAUAGGGCAUAAAGCUCUAUUUUUGUUAAAAAAAACUUGCUAUAAAGUAAGAUUUCUUUUAGAUCUUGUGUCCAAGGAUCUAUGCCGAUUCACAUGGUUGCAGGGAUUUUUUUGGCUCAUAAAUCCAGAGGAGGAGAUAAUGUAUGGAAAACACUUAACUCACUGUUGGUUGCAGAGCUGCCCAUGACGCUUAUAGGUUGCAGUCAAGUGAACACCAUAAUCCUUUAAAAUUACACAGUGAUAUACAAUUCAGGCUUAUUCCAUUUAGUGGAAGACAAAGCAUGAUUCCUGCUAGUGCUAGUGGCAACCUCUACUUCCUCUCAGCUGGUACUGAUGGUAGAACAUAGGGAUGAUGUUGCCUACAGAUGUGGCAUUAACUCAAUUGCGGUCUGGGGUCAAUCACCUGAGGGGUGUACUUUCCACUACCACAAAUGAUUGAGAGCUGGUUUGUUGGAUGGUUGACUUUGCCUGAGCAUUUUUGAAGAUUGAAUAGUAUGUGCAGCCAAAGGGCUAAUUUGCUAAUUAAAAUGGAACAAUCACUCUGAAUAAAAUAUAAACAAAGAGUUUUCUGCAAGUCGUUAAAAGGGGAGGAGUGGAAAUGUAUCUCAUGAUAAAAUGAGUUUGGGAAUUGCUGAAUUAAUAAAUCUAAUCUGGAUUCUUGACUUGGUCUUUAAUCUGUUCAUGUGUAUUGUGAAUUCUUUGGAGGGUUUUUGGCUGAGUGAAUGGUAAAGGAGAUGCUAUUCAUUGAGGUAAGGAAGCUUGGGAGAAAUAUAUGUAAUUA